AUAUCUGAAACUCAAAAUUCUUAUAAUGAUUUUGAUGAAUAUAUGAAUUACAUACUGUCGUUACAUUUUGAAAAUAAUUCUGGCUUUGCUUCAUUAUCUAUUGAGUGUGGUACUAAUACCUUGCCUGUAUUCGGAAAUGGUUAUAAAGGUGUAAGUGGAAGAGAAAGAAAUGACUUUGAAAAUGAUAACUUGCCUGUAUUUGAAACUGCUUAUAAAGGUAUAAGCAAAGACAAUAUAUUUGAAUAUAAUGAUUUUGAAAAUGAGGCUAAAUAUGAUGAUUUCGAAAAUGAGGUUGUAACUGGAAAAAUUAAAAACAACAAAUUUGAAGAUAAUGAUUCUGAAGACACUACUUUAUCUAAAUUUAAAAAAAUAUAUAAAGGUGUGGUUGGUGAUUCUGAAGAUGAGUCAGAGGAUAGCCCACUAAAAGAAUUAUAUACUGAGCAGACUUUCACUUCUUUUAAAUUGCUUGAAAAAUCAAAUACACAUUCAACACAAUGUGUUGAAAGUAUGAAUCGGGUUAUUAAAUUAGAGGCAAACUUGGAAAAUUCCUUAUGUCAGCUACAAGCUGGAAUUAAACUGCGGUUAAAAGAUGAAGCAAAGUAUGCAAGAUUGCAAGAAUUUCAGAAUAUGAAUCCAACAGCAGGUCUUUCUAAUAUUACUAGUACAAUCUUUAAAAGUAUUGAUGAUAUGUGUAAAAAAACCUCAUUAUAUUCCAAUGAACUUAAUAAUAAUAUGAAUAAAGAACUGAAUUAUGAUAUAGAUUUUAUAGAAGAUGACUAUGAAGAGCCACAAGUAUUAUUAAAUAUGGCUUUAGAGGAUUGUAGUGGAAGACAAGAAGUUAAUAAUCAAGAUGCUGUAAAAUUGGAUUCAAAAAAAGCUGCUUAUAGUCGUGGUCUUGGACUUUGUAAAAAAGCUUUAGAUGUAGCAAUUAUAAAUAGUUCAAAUAGGAGUUUAGAAGGUCUUUUGCAACGAUUUAUUGAUGAACAAGUUUCAAAUCAAAAAAACACACAAGAACUAUCUGAACAAGAAUUUAUGAUUUCAAAUCCUCUUCAACAUAAGGGUAAGGGCCGCUCUUCAAAUAAGAGAUGUUUGUUAGCUAUUGAAAAUCACGACACCAAGAAUGUUUGUUCAAAUAAUUAA